AAAGCAGCUGGCUAAAGGAGAUUUAAACUUUGAUUAGCAAGUCUGCUUAAUUCAAUGGCUUCUUGUGGCUUUCCUGACAUAUUUUCCUGGAUUCAGAGCCUUCCACCAGUCACUCAAUGGCCAACAACUUCCAUGUCCAUAUCCAUAUGUUCCUCAAGUUCAUCCCAACCAUCUCUCAAACUCACCAUUUCUCAAAACCAUCAGACCCAAAAACUCUCUUUUGCAAUAGCUGCAGAUUUCAACCUCCCCAUCUUUCUUUGGACCUCCAAACAAUUCAAGUUCAGCCCCCAAUCCAUCAAGCUAAUAUCUCAAGAAACUGUCUCCAGCCUCUUAGUCAAUUUCAUUGAAGAUGUGCUUCGUUAUGGCUCAAACAAUAACAAUUUCUUGAUCAAAUUUCUCAAACUAGAUUCCAUUGCCAACUUUGGAGAUGUUUUUAACCUUUCAUUUGUCGCUCUCCUCUUCCUUGUUUGCAUAUAUGAAGCACCUGCUGAUCUCCGAUCGGGAUGUCUUAACAGUAUCAAGAAUUACUUGGCAAAUUGUUGGUCAAGACAAGCAUCAGAGUCUCUCAUGAAAGUGUUAGGAUCCAAUUUAGAAGAGGAAUGGAUGAGGUCCUUAAAUCUUGCAAUUACCAAUUGGAUUGUGGAGCUCCAAGCCACCCAGUGCACCCUCGUGAAAACGCCAUCUCCACUUUUCUCUUAUGCAUUUUCAACAUUUGGGUUAUGGAAAGUCCAAUUGUAUUGUCCUCUCAUAGCCAUGGACAUUGCAAGUUCCAGCAGCCCUUCUGUUGAUGAGAGGCUGCAAUUCUCUCUAAAUUACCACCAGCUUGAGGGCGUGCUUCAAUUCAAUUCCAAGGUCAUAGUUCAAGAGAGGUGGAUUGAUGUGAUGCUAAACAUUGAUAACAUAAGGUGUGAUGUGAUCAGUCUUGUGAAUGAGAGACUGAUGAACGAACGAGGAGCCGGUGUAGCUGAAAAGCACUUCCCUUCAAGAAUUUCAUUACAAAUUACUCCAACCGUCCAAACCAAUGUGGUAAGAGUUUCAGUGGGAAAGUCUUCUGAGAACCCUGCAAGAGAGAUUGGCCACGAGAAAGGCAUAGAAGGCUCAUUUGAGCCCCCUAACCCUUACUUGGCACUCAAGGUAUCAGCAGGAGAGACCAUAACAAUGAGCUUGAAGCCAUGGAAAUUCGAGGAAUCGGUGUACGGCUAUAGCGCAAAAUUGAACUGGUUUCUUCAUGAUAGUGUGGAUGGAAGAGAGGUCUUCUCUUCUAAGCCAUCAAAAUUUGCAUUGAUCAACCCUAAGGCAUGGUUCAAAGACAGAUACUCCAGCGCUUAUAGGCCCUUCACAAGGCAAGGAGGGAUCAUUUUUGCUGGUGAUGAAUAUGGAGAGGGUGUGUGGUGGAAGGUGGACAAAGCUGCCAUGGGAAGAACAAUGGAUUGGGAAAUUAGAGGGUGGAUUUGGUUAACUUAUUGGCCUAACAAACAUAAAACAUUUUAUACUGAGACUAGGAGGCUGGAAUUUAGAGAAAUCCUCACCCUCACAAUUGCUUAAUUUCUUUAGGGCCACAGUUACAAUUGUUUAAUCUAGGAAAACCUAAGUGCAAUUUGUCUCCAA